CAUGACCCUAAAUGAUUCGUUUUUCAAUCAGAAAAAAAAAGGUAGUUUUUGCACCAAUAAAUCGAUUAGGAUUAAAUUGUGGAGGUCAACAAACUCGGUACAUAUCUUAUCUCUCGCAAUAAAUACAACACAUAUGCAUAUUCCUAGCAGACUUGCAAGUAAGUGAAUCGAGUGCGCAGUGAGAAAAUGAGCCGUCUCUUCAUAUGCAAGAAUAUCGUGUUGGAGCAUACCUUGUUGAAUGGAGCUGUCCUCGUCGAUCCGGAUGGUAAAGUGGAAAAGGUCAUCGAAGCUGAUGAAAUAUGUUUUGUGAAGAAUACCAGGAAAAUACUUCUUGGAAAUGAUUUCCUGAUGGCCGGUAUUGUUGAUAGCCAUGUACACAUCAACGAGCCCGGAAGAACCGAAUGGGAAGGUUUCGAAUCUGCUACCAAAGCCGCUGCAGCAGGCGGCAUCACCACCAUUUGCGAUAUGCCUCUAAAUUCCAUUCCGCCUACUACGAAUGUUGAAAAUUUAUUGGUGAAAGCACACGCAGCCAGAGACAUAAUACACGUUGAUGUGGCUUUCUGGGGAGGCGUUGUACCAGAUAAUACAGAUGCAUUUUACGGAUUGAUUAAAGCGGGAGUUGUCGGUUUCAAAUGUUUCAUGUGUCCAUCUGGCGUCAAAGAGUUCGAGUGCCUCAAUGAAAGCCAACUCGAUUUGGCUAUGAAGAAGUUAAAAGGUAGCAACGCGCCAUUAGCUAUACACGCCGAAUUAGCUAUAUGCGAGCCAUGCACAGGUAAUCCGCAAAAGUACGAGACUUUCCUGAAAUCGAGACCGGAGGAAAUGGAAAUUGAAGCUGUUAAAAAAAUAAUCGAAAUCGGCUUGAAAUACGACAAGAUUAUGUUGCAUAUUGUUCAUGUGUCGAGUGCUAAAACUGCCAAGUUAAUCAAAGAUGCUCGUUUGAAGGGAUUGAGGAUAACAUCGGAAACGUGCCACCAUUAUUUAACAUUAUGUUCGCAGGAGAUUCCUGAUAGAGCUACGCAAUAUAAAUGUUGUCCACCGAUUCGGAAUAGAGAAAACAGAGAAGAUCUGUGGUUAGCCUUUAAGGAAAAGCAAAUAGAUAUGGUGGUAUCGGAUCAUUCCCCGUCAACUCCUGAUUUGAAGCUGCUGUCUCCAGAUGACGAAAACUUCGGGGAUUAUAUGAAGGCGUGGGGCGGAAUUGCUUCGCUCCAAUUUGGUCUAUCGUUGUUUUGGACUGGCGCGAAGCAACGGGGAUUCACCUUUUUCCAUAUCAACAAGUAUAUGUCCCGCGCUACGAGCGUGCUGGUUGGGUUGCAUGGGUCUAAAGGCAGGAUACAAGAAAACUACGACGCGGAUUUCGUCGUCUGGGAUCCGCAUGCUAUUUGCACCAUAAAUGAAUCCGAUAUCUAUCAUAAAAAUAAGGCAAAUCCGUACAUGGGUAGAGAAGUCUUAGGGAAAGUCCUGAAAACGUAUGUGCGUGGGGACUUGGUCUACGAUUCGGAAUCCAAGAGCAAAUUCAUGAAGUCGCCCAAAGGAAAGCUUUUGCUUGACAUAGACCUAUGAUUUAAAUAUAAAUAUAUAUACGUA